AUGACCGUCGACAACACGCAGCCCACAGGGCACAACCCCAUCGGGGGCUUCACCGCAGAGUACCUCGGCGAGCAGCUCGCCGACAACUCGUGCAGCCGCCGCGACCUGGGCUUCGCGGGCUCCAUCGCCGGGCAGUGGUUCGCCGUGUAUGGCGACACGCUGUGGGCGGCCCCCGGGGUGCGCCACCCGGCCGACGACGACGUCGGCGGGUUCCACGGCAUGGUGAGGAACUCGGUUUCCAGGCUCGGGGCGGACCCCCUGGUGGUUCACGACCUCGACCUCAACGACAGGCAGAGGCAGAACCAGUUCGCCGAGUGGAAGGCGGAGUGGGGGGAGUCCAACACCACCGGGUUCGGCGGCACGUCGAUUGUCGAGACGGAUGCCGAGGCGGAGGAGGGGGCCGUCUUUUUCCUCGUGAACGACAACGAGGGCUACACCCACGCCGGAAUCGCCAGGGUCAAGCUCGUCAACGGAACCCCCGUCGCCGAGCGCCUCGGCAAGGGCUGGUGGGACACGUCCGAGAACGCAAAGUACGGCGACGUCGCAGCGUACAGAGACGUGCACAGCGACUACAUCUACGCCCUCGGGCACCCGCCGAAGCAGCUCGACGGCAAGUUCGUCGAGAGCCAGUACGUCUACCAGGUCCGCGUCAAGGCCAGCAGGGCCUUUGAUCUGGACGCGUACGAGUACUGGUGGGGCCGGCAGCAAGGCUGGAAGAGAGAAAGGCUCACGUCCUUUACCCCCGAGACGGCGUGCAUGUGGGGUGCCGGACAGGGGCAGAUUGUGUUUAGCAAUUACUUCAAGACAUACAUGUAUGUCCACGUCUGUGGUGCUACGGUGACAAUCAAGACAGCACCCAAGCCUGAGGGUCCGUGGUCCGAAGGCAAAGAGAUAUUCACAGCCACUCCCAUCGAUGGAGGACUCGUAUAUGCCGGCGUGGCGUAUCCGUACCUGGAUGAAACCGGGAAGACGCUAGCCAUCGCCUAUACCAACAACAACCACAUCCAGGUCAUCAGGGUCACCUUUGAAUAG